GGAACUGGCAAUAGAUGACAAUCGUGUAAGCAAACAACAACACGUACAUUAUAAAAGGGCAGACACAUAACGAGUUUUGACAUAGCUUUCUGUUUACCCCACAUGUUGGUGGAAAUAUGGAUCAAUUAAGGAAACUUUUAGUAGUUCUGAUUUUCAUUGGAAUAUUUGUUUUUAUUUGCCUCUAUGAAUCAAUAUCAAACCGUUAUUUUACAUUGCCAAAAGAAAGAAACAAUCAAGUUAAAGAAAUAAAUAAUGAUUUAUCCGUCACCAAAAGAAACGCCUACGGACUAAAACAUGAAACUAAAAUCUCAAAAAAGUUAAAUUCAUUACAUGGUUUGAAAAAAAGGCACCAUAUGAUGGCAUUUAACGGUGAUGAUAUACCAGCUUCAGACCAAACGAUCAUUAGCAAAGAGCCAGUUCAAAAAAGGCAAAUCAACACGAAUUUGGAAUUCAGAACACCGUCUUUUUUUAAACUCGAAAAAGGAAAGAAAGCCAAUGAAACUUACUCGAAUAAUCGUUCAAAUUUAUCUACAGGAACAAAAACAGCAUGCAUGAUGUCUUUUGACAGUGAAACCUUGCAUAUUGCAAGACAGCAAUUUUUGAAAUCAAAAUCUUAUUUUUUGUUUCAUGUUCAUUUACAAAUAGAUUGGAUACAAAACGACUCAAGCCAAAAUAUGGACGAUUUGAUGCACUGGCAAUAUAUCCAAGCUGAGGAACAAUUCCUUGUUCAAUUGCCUGUCGACUUUGAUUUACUUACUUAUAAUUUACUUGUUUACGACCACGAGGAAAAAAUUGUAAACGUAAAAUUACUUUACAAUAAUUCUAAUUGCAUAGAGGAAAAUUUCCAAGCAAAACUCCAAUCCAUUCGUCGUUUAUUGUGGAAAAAUUUGCUACCUAAUGACACAAAUCAUUAUUUGUGUAACAGAAAUUUUCAAAACGAACCCGGACGCAACUGGUUGUAUUACCUAACAACUAUAUGGGUUGGAUAUGAUUUGAAUUGUUCAGACAUUUCUUUUAAAAACUAUUCAACUAUAGUUCAAAUUGAAAAGGAUCGUUUGCCUUUAGUUGCUCCAAUUUUUUGUUACUUGCUUUCAUUACAGUUUGUCUGGAUAUUUGUGUUAUUAGAUAUAAGAAAAAAUCCAAAAGCUUUCAAAACUGAUAACGAAGGUCAAACAAGAACCGAUAAAGAGAGAUCGACGGAAAACAACACUAGCAUAACGCUAGUCGAUGAAGAAAGAGCACAUGUAAUUUCUAAUACCGAUCAAAAAGAUGCAAAUCGAAUAGGAAAGUCGAAACAAAAGAAAAGUAGAAAAGCAAAAGAUUCCGAAGUCAAUCAAAAUGAUUCAAAUGAAUUGAGUGAAUCAAAAAGAAAACGGGAGUCAAAAAUUAGAAAAAUAAAAGGUUCAAAAUCAUCUUCAGCAGACAAACAAACCAUCCCCAAAACGAUCAUAACGCUAGUCAAGGUAGAAAAUGCACAUGCAACUUCUAUAACCGAUAAAAAAGAUGCAAAUCAAAAAGAAAACUCGAAACAAAAGAAAAAGAAGGAAAGUAGAAAAGCAAAAGAUUCCCAAGUCAAUCAAAAUGACUCAAUUGGAUUGAGUGAAUCAAAAAGCAAACAGAAGUCAAAAAAUAGAAAAAGAAAAAUUUCAAAAUCAUCUUCAGCAGACGAACAAACCAUCCCCAAAAAAAUCUUUGAAAUUAACGCUAAAAAAGAAGAUACAAUUGAAACUUCUGAAACUAUUAUAGAAGACAAAGCAAGAAAGUCGGAGGAGGAGAACGCUUCUGGUGUUGAUCAAAAUACAUGUAAAUCUGAUGUUCAUUCCGAAUCCAUUCAAGCUGAUGAUAUUUAUUGCUAUGCAAAAAAUGAUAGGCCAUAUGGAAUAAAGCGACUCGUCAUAAAACUAUUGUAUGACAAAUGCUGUUAUGACAACAAUAAAUACUGUAAUAAUGCCACUGUAAGAUUAUUAAUUCUUCUUUGGAUGUUUAUUCUAUUACCCUUUGGACUUUAUAGGACAUUGGGACGAUAUUUUUUAUUGAAAGAAACUUAUGUAGAUUAUGUAACAGUUGUUCGACCAAGCGAACCAAUUGUUUUUUGCAUAGGGUGUGGUAUUGUUUGUACAGUGAUACUUGACGUUAUAUACGCGGUUGUUUUUCCAUUAACAUAUAUUUAUGUUGGGUACAUUACAUACCAGAAAUUUUUUGAAAGUGAACAAAGAAUAUACUGUUGUAUUCCGGAGGACGAUGAUUGGCAACUUUUUGCAAACGAUGAUUUAAGUUAUAAAUUUACCUUCCGAUUCUAUCAAUUCUGUAGAACAACGAAAAAAUUAUGUUUCUUCAAGGGUUGCUGUACGUGCAAUGAAUCAACGGAUUGCCAAAAAAAAACAUUGAAGUGUUGCUGUGACUGGUUAAAAUAUGUUCCAUCAUUAUGGAUCUUGUUUCUUUUUAUCUACUGUUUUUUACCAAUUGUUCUUUUUAAUUGCAUUAAAUGUGAAUGUCGAACGUGUUGUGAUAAAUGUAAUAUUGAAGAAAAUGACGAUGAAAAUAAGAAAAAACAUAAAGGAGUUUUAGUGCAUGUUAUGAACUUCGUUAGUUUUCUCAUAUUUUACAUUUUUUGCUUGCGUCCAAUUAUAUCAACCUUUACGUUUUUAUUUCGUUCAUUUACUUACAUUGUAUUUGUCGCACUUCCGAUAAGAAUCCAUAUUUUGCGAUACACUUUGAUAUUUGUAACUACAAUAACGUAUUUUGUAAAAUACUUUCAUGAAAUUGUUAAUAUGAACGUUGAAAUUUUACAUCACAUCUUUACUUGUGAGGAAAAGAGUAAAAAGACAGUGAAAUACAUAAACGAAAGGUUGUACGCUUAUAUAUAUGGAAGAGUUCCUUUUGUCCAAAGAAAAUUUUACGUAUUGUUUUUGAAAGUCAUUGUUGUUUUUAUGUACCUUUUCAUCACUAUCGAGACUUUUAUAACAAAUCAGAAAUCUUUGACCGGAACAAGUUUCGAUAAGUUAUUGGAGUUUUUGUUAAUAAUUAUCGGUCCAUAUGCUAUUUCAUUUUUUUUGAAAGGGAACAACAAUGAGUUUUUAACCGACAAAAAUAAAGAAGAUAUAGAAGAACUAUACAACAAGUAUUACCUUAAACUAGAUAAACCAAAUGUCAAUACAAAUAGCCAUGCUGAACAAAUAUCCAAACAUGCCAAAAGAGAAGACGAGCAAUGGCUAUUAGAUAGUUCUGACCAGGAUUAGCAAAUUUGAUUUCCAAUAUUAAAUAAACACAAUUAUAUCAUUGAAGAGUUGUAUUUCAUUUAAUGACUUAAAUAAAAUCAGGAGUGAUAUUUGGGUACUUGCUUUCUCACAAUAUACACAGUCACGUACUAUGCAAACUAUUCUGUUAUUCGAAAUUGUUCAUAGUUUUAAAAAAGUAAAUUAUUAAUUUUCAGAUGACGUAGAGUUCCGCUUAUACAUUUAAACAUUUAAUACGUCAGGGAAUAUUCACAAUGGAAAUCAAACUGACUAGCUCUUUAACCAAUGUACAUCUUUAACUCAAACAUUCAAUUGAUAAUUUACGCUUCUUCCACACCGGUGAAUCUUUAAUGGGACACUUUAAUGCAAAGGAAUCAAGACCUACGUAUCCCACUUUAGCGUUGUAAAAAGCAAUUGAGGGAUUUAAAGAGAAUAUAUGCUAUUUUCGAUGAUUUAAAUUUAGAAAAGAUAUGUUUUGCUGGAAAUUUGAAUUGUUUAUUACUUUCAUUACAAUGACUUUCAUCAAAAUUCCACUGUAUCUACAAUUUAACAAAUAUUUUAUUUUAGUCACUUGUAAAGCAUUUUUCUAUUUAAUGAUCUGUAAUUUUGGAUUGUAAAUUCAAUAAAAUAUAAGUUUAUUAUGUUUAAUUUGUCAAUCACUGUCACAUAUAUAAUUUCAUUCUUGUUAUAAUAAAUUUAUGGGAAGGUAUUUUCUUUUGCUUAUUGUACAUAUAUCUGUUUAAUUGUAACA